CGUACCUCGAGACGUGCCUCUUCUAGGCUGCAGUCCUCGACUUAUAGUGAUAUCCCAAUCCAAGAACUAAUACUCAUCAACCCUUGAGCAAGCAAUUAAUUUGAAGAUUCAAUUGCUUCUCCAUUCAAUUCUCAUCAUGGCAUUUACGAUCCGAGCGGCGAGUCCACCCGAUUUGCACUCCAUAGCAACUCUUGAUAUCGCAGCUCACCAACCAAGAUCAGCCAUCCUCAAUAUGAACCUGCUUCCACCAGAAAAAAUGCACGCUCUAUAUGUUUCCCGUUACUCGAACUUGCUUUUGCAACCUGAUAGUUACCGAUUCCUCGUUGCCGUCACAUCUCAAAAUGAAACCAAUCAAGGCGGGGAUAUCGCAGGCUUCCUCGUCGGAGCCAGGCCAAAGUUAGGGGGGUCUGAACAAGUUGAAUGGAGCCCAGAAUCUUUAGAAAACGCGCCUAAGGACAAGAUUGAAUGGUUCUCGGGAUUGAUGAAGACGAUGAAGGAGGAUAAGAUGAAGUAUUAUGAAAAAGAUAUGUGGGGUUCGUUCCCUGAUUUCCAUAAGCCCUCUUUUCUAUACCCCCCUUUCUGAAAUUGCCCAUGUUUAGAUAUUAGCUGACGUCAAAUAGAACUAGAUUCUCUCGCAACAUCUCCUGCUUACCAGAAGCGCGGAGUCGGCUCUCUUCUUCUAACGCAUUGGUUGCAAGAAGUUGAUAUGGCUCAUGGGAGGCUAUACGUUCGCUCCUCGCGUGUUGGGCGUGGCUUGUAUGAGAAGUUCGGUUGUGUAUUCAAGGGGGAGCACUCGGUUGACGUGAGCGAUCAAGGAUGGAUGGAACCUAUUGUCAACACCAACAUGAUUAGAGCAGCCAAGAGCACAUGAACCUUUAGUAUCGUGUUGGGUUCGCGACACCGAUAUACGUGAGAGAACUAGCUUCUGUGUCAGUACGAAGUUUCAUGAAUGACAAAGAUUGGACGGUUUAGGUAAUUGCUCUGGAUUUUGCAUGGAUUUUGCACAUCGUCAUAUUUCUCCAAAUCUAUUGA